CCGGUCCAGCAGCAGCAUCAGGUCCGAUACCCCCGUCGACUCACCUUUUGCGGCUUGCCUUUACACGCUUUGCUCGCUCUCACACCUCUCUCACACUGCCACUGCCACCUCCAUGCAACAACCACCGUGGCACCGUGGUCCACGCCAAACUUCUGGCGCCUUUUUUCAUGUCAUCUUCUCACCGGUCCGGUUUAUUUUGGUGGAUUUUUUGUUAUUAUCAACAUCCUCAAAUGGAUUCAAGACACGACAUGCCACAAGGUUCAAACAGCUCAUUCGCACACCCUCACCAUUCAUCCCGCGCCAAAGCUCCCACGGCCCCCCCUCCUCCGCCUCCCCUCCACCCUACCCUGAAGUAAGGUAGGUAGGUACCUUACCGUAUGGUCCGCUCGCUCGCUCGCUCCCACCGCACUCUCUUACUCAAAGGUCUAGCUCAGCUUACCUCGAGAUAUCGAACAAAAAAAAAAAAAAAAAGACCCCAGGUCUAUAAAUCACUCAAUGCUCCA